AUGCUUUCAUUCAUUCUUUCAUUUCGAAACAUUUUCCUUCAUUCCGUUAAUUUUACCCAUUUUCAUUCACACUUUCUUUCAUUCUUUCGUUUCGAAACAUUUUCUUUCAUUCCGUUGAUUUUAACUAUUUUCUUUCGUACGUUUAAAUCUAGACACUUUCAUUCAUCUUUUCAUUUCGAAACAUUUUCUUUCAUUCCCUUGAUUUUAACAAUUUUCAUUCCUCUCUUCUCCUCCUCCUCCUCUUUCUCCCACUCUUCAUUCUUCUUCUUCUUCUUCACCUCUCCCUCUUCUUAUUAUCCUCCUCUUUCGCGCUUUAUUCUUCUUCUCCUCCUUUUCCUUUUCAUUCUUCUUCUUUUUCUUCUUCUUCUUUCCUUCUCCUUUUUCAUUCUCUUCUAUCUUGUCCCUAUUCUCCUCUUUCUCUUCUUCUUCUUCUUCUUCUCCUCUUCUUUUUCUCUUUCUUCUCUUUAUUCUUCUUCUCUUUUUCUUUCUCUUCUUCUUCUUCCUCUCUUCUACGUCUUCUUCUCCUCCCCCUCUUCUUCUUUUUCUCUUUCUUCUCUUCCUUCUUCUUCUUCUUUCCUUCUCCUCUUCUUCUUUUUCAUUCUCUUCUAUCUUGUUCUUAUUCUCCUCUUUCUCUCCCUCUUCUUCUUCUCCUCCUCCUCCUCCUUCUCUUAUUUGUCUCUUUCUUCUCUUCAUUCUUCUUCUCUUUUUCUUUAUCUUCUUCUUCUUCUUCCUCUUCUUCUUCUUCUUCUCCUCUUUCUCCCUCUCAUCUACUUCUUCUUCUUCUCCUCCUCUUCUUUUUCUUCUCUUCAUUCUUCUUCUUCUUCUUCUUCUUCUUCUUCUUCUUCUUCUUCUUCAGGACGUGGGUGA